GAAUACGUCCCUGACUACUUAUUCUUCUAAUUCUCUGCAAAAUGUUGAGGUUAAUCAUUGCCGUGGGGAUUUUCUUCUUUUACUGCGACGCCCAGGAGACCUUCUUCGACGGGCGCACCACCAUUGAGCUGCACCACCUGCUGUACCCCACGGGGCCCACAUUGCGCGGCAAUAUCAGCCUCAGUGGCGAUGGGCAUGCACGGAUUACGCAGGAACAGCUGUCUGAGGAAGAUCGGCAGCAGCUGGUGGAUCUGGCCAAGAGGGAUGCCUUCUAUACGCUCAGAGCCACCGUUGGUGGCUCUUCCGGUGACCCUGUGAUCCUCUACACGUCCACAAAAGCGUGCCUUCUGCUAAAGAAUUUCCUCCUGGACAACUUGUGGGUGAGCCUUGAUCACUUGGGGAGUGUCAUUGGGAUCCAUCAGGUUGUUGCGGGCAGUCAAACAUGCACCAAUGGGGAAGAAUUAAAUUCGGAAUUUGCAUCGGAAUUCACAACGGGAGUCUUUGUGAAGCACAGCGAAUUGGCCCCCAUUCCCGACACAGCCAGCUUCAUUCAGAAACUAGAACGCGAACGUGAGGCCCGAGAACGCGGGGAGGUUAAGGAUAAUCGAGGAUUCUUCGCCAAAUACUGGAUGUACAUCGUUCCCGUUGUGAUCCUCCUCCUCCUGUCAGGUGCAACAAAUCCCGAAGCAGCUGCUGCAGGACGCAGAUAAAUCCAUCAGGCAAUUGUUAGACUAAUUUAUUGAAUAGAAAAUAGACACUAUUCCCGGGAUUCA